AUGGCGAAAACACCGAGCAAAUUAGUCCUAAAUUUUGGGAGUAAAAUUGAACGGACGAGCGGUGUAAAGCUUAAUUUCGGAAGUGGUACAACAGCCCCAGUGCAAGAAUGGAUUCCAGAAACCAAGAUGGCCCGAACGAAAGUUAUCAAGCUCCGUACGGCCGCCGAGACACAACAAGAUGGCGUAACAAAAUUGCAACAAUUCAACCCUACUUUCUUCUUGGUAGAAGAAAAUGCAAUUCCUUGCCGUGUGCCGGGAUGCAACGAGACGACACCUCGUUUGAAACCCUCUGAUGGUUCACAGCAUAUCAAACAGGAUUUAUUCCUAUGUGAAAUACAUCGCACAAAGUUGGCGAAUCUCGUUUCGAAGCGUUGCGAGGAAGAGAGCAUUAGCGUCAGCGUCGCAAGUUUCAAACACGAAGAUUUCGACGGCUAUACCUAUCUGAUUGGCCAACUGGAGAAAGCCUUCAUGCAUUUAGUCAAGAAACCGGUUACCUUAAACAUGCCACAAAAUAGCCUGUACCCGAACAGCGAUUUAGUGCUUGCAGAAGUGUUUUUGAAUGCUCGUAAUUUUCUCACCAUCACACACGCAUUGCUGAAUCCGAAUGGAGAUAAUAUAGGAGUAGUCAUGCCCGCUUGGUUUGUGAUGGUCGACCGAAUAAUGAACCACCUUAGUCAACCUGAGCCGCCGGGUGAGCCUCACUGGUUGGAACGUCUG